UAAAGCCACCUGAGUGUGCUGUGAAGGUACAGAACAGUCAUCUUCUCAAACGUGUUAACAGAAAGGAUAUUCUCUACUCCUUUAUUUUAAAUGGUUUUGAGCCAUGCCUUUGGUUAAAAGGAACAUCGAACCGCGGCAUCUCUGCCGAGGAGCUCUGCCAGAGGGAAUUACUAGUGAACUGGAAUGUGUGACCAAUAGUACCCUUGCUGCUAUCAUACGCCAGCUAAGCAGCUUAAGCAAACAUGCUGAAGACAUAUUUGGUGAAUUGUUUAAUGAGGCCAACAGCUUCUACAUCAGAGCAAAUUCUCUUCAAGACAGAAUUGAUCGUCUCGCUGUCAAAGUUACCCAGCUGGAUUCAACAGUAGAAGAGGUAUCAUUACAGGAUAUCAACAUGAAAAAAGCAUUCAAGAGCUCGACAAUUCAAGAUCAGCAAGUAGUUUCAAAGAACAGCAUUCCUAACCCAGUGGCUGAUAUUUAUAAUCAGAGUGACAAACCACCACCUCUGAAUAUUCUUUCACCUUAUAGGGAUGAUAAGAAAGAUGGAUUGAAGUUCUAUACCGAUCCUUCCUAUUUUUUUGAUCUUUGGAAAGAAAAAAUGUUACAAGAUACUGAAGAUAAGCGAAAAGAAAAAAGGAGGCAAAAGGAGCAAAAGCGUAUAGAUGGCACCACCCGUGAGGUGAAAAAGGUUAGAAAAGCCAGGAACAGACGUCAGGAGUGGAGUAUGAUGGCGUAUGACAAAGAGCUUAGACCUGACAACAGGUUGUCUCAAAGUGUGUACCAUGGAGCAUCUUCCGAGGGAUCCCUGUCCCCAGAUACUAGGUCCCAUGCAUCUGAUGUUACAGAUUAUUCUUACCCUGCUACUCCGAAUCAUUCCCUCCAUCAGCAGAUAGCAAUGCCUUCGUAUGGGACAGGUGAUGCUCCACAGUACGUGGCAGCGGCCCAGAGCCACGAGCAUGAGUACAGGCCACCUUCCGCCACCGCCCGCCACGCAACCCUGAACAGGCCGCAGCAACCGCCUCCUCCUCCGCCACAGCCUGCCGACAGCCAGCAGAGCUCAGCACCCGUGGUGCCGGCGGAAUAUGGGAUACUUCCAGCUCAGAUGGUGGAUUAUUACAAUCCUUCAGGUCCUCCUCCUCCUCCUCCUCCCCCUAUGAUUCCCUCAGCACAAACUGCAUUUGUUAGUCCCCUGCAGCUUCCUGUGCCACCUUCCCAUCCUGGACUGGUGACCAGCUCCACACACGCAGCUGCUCAUCCUCCUCCUUCCAGUGGGCUUGUUGUUGCUGCACCCCCUCCUCCCGGCCCCCCUCCUCCUCCUCCAGCCCCUCCUGCUGCAGGUUCAUCCCUCUCCUCCUCCCCCAUGCAUGCUCCUCCAGCUGCCCAGGCAAAACGCCAUGAACCCGCGCAGCCACCAGUGAGUGACGCACGGAGCGAUCUUCUGGCCGCCAUUCGGAUGGGAAUUCAGCUGAAAAAGGUGCAGGAGCAACGUGAGCAAGAAGCAAAGCGAGAGCCUGUUGGAAAUGAUGUGGCCACCAUCCUCUCACGACGCAUUGCUGUGGAAUACAGCGAUUCCGAUGACGAUUCAGAGUUCGAUGAGAAUGAUUGGUCAGAUUGAACCUGGUCUGAGCCCAGUGGCUCAUUGAAGUAGUUGGCUUCAGUGACUGCUUUCUUAGCAAGGUGUAAAACAGGACGUUGACAUGCAUUAAGGCUAGUGAGCGAAGUGCAGAAAUUGAAUUGGCAUUAUUCAGAAUGCUGUAGCUUAGCAACUCUGGUAAUAACAACGUGAUUAUGCUUAUGCGGAUCAGAAACUUGUCUUACUUUCAGUAUUUACCACAUUGUUCUUAAGUGCCACUAAAUGUAGCAAAUCAUGUGCUGCGUGCAAAAUAUGCUGCAGUUGUUACACUGUUACAAAACCAGCAUUUUAUUUUACUUUCCUGAUCUUGAAGGGAUAAAAUAUAUUUUUUUGA